GUAACUCAUCGUCCGGACUCACCGCUCCAAAUCUUAGCAGGUCCUGGAAGUGGGAAGACGAAAGUUCUGACAUCACGAAUCGCCUACAUGAUAUUGCACCAUGGCAUGGACCCGUCGUCUAUAUGCGCUGUUACAUUCACCAACAAGGCGGCCAACGAAAUGAGAGCGCGUCUCGUAAAGCUCAUUGGUAAAGAUAGCGUCAAUCAAGUGAAGUUGGGCACUUUCCAUGCGAUUUGCGCUCUCUUUCUGCGGAAAUAUGGGAUAGCGGUGGGCCUUGACGGGAACUUCACUAUAUGUGAUUCUGAUGAGAGCAAGCGAAUUGUCACGAAAUUGUUGAAGCCUUACAGCGAUUUCCUUGCGUCCAAAAACAUUUCAGUGAAUGCUGCUACGAUAUGUUCAAUGAUUUCUCGAGCCAAAUCCAAGGGGGAAACUCCAGAAGACGUCAUGCCACGCAAAGGAAGCUCAAGCAAAGCUGCUUCCAUGGAUUCAACGAAGGAAGAUAUUCAGCGCGUCUUUGCAGAAAUAUACCGCGACUAUGAGACGACUUUGCGAAAAAGCAAUAGUUUAGACUUCGACGACCUUCUUCUCUUUGGCGUAAGGCUUUUCUCACAGCACCCGAGAUAUGCUGCAUGGUGUCAGCAUAUACUUGUCGAUGAAUUUCAAGACACGAAUGCAGUCCAAUACGAGCUCAUGUGUUGCAUCGCUGCUGCCAGUCGCUGCGUGACGGUUGUUGGGGAUCCCGAUCAAUCAAUAUACGGCUGGCGAUCUGCAGACGUUACGAACCUUGGCAAGAUGCAAAACGACUUCUCGAAUGUAGCGCAGGUCAUGCUUGAGCAGAACUACCGUUCAGCAGGAUCUAUCCUUGCCGCAAGCCUCGCCAUCAUCUCGCAAGAUACAUCGCGGAUUGCAAAAACCCUGCGUACAUCUCAUCCACUCGGGCCACUCCCGAUGCUCCGUUCGUUCCCUACAGAACAUGACGAAGCCGGUUUCAUUGCAUGGGAGAUCAACCGCAUGAUAGCACAAUCAGGAGGGAUGUUAGGGUUUGGAGACUUCGCGGUUCUUCUGCGUUUUAAUGCCAUAUCCAGAUCAAUCGAGACCGCGCUUCAAAAGGAAGGUAUCCCCAAUCGAAUACUUGGUGGACAUCAGUUCUUCCAACGGGCAGAAAUCAAAGAUAUAUUGGCGUACCUUCAGCUCGUGGACAAUCCACAAUUUGAGCCAGCAUUUUCUCGUGCUAUCAACAUUCCUUCCCGGGGAAUUGGAGACAAGUCUCUCGCCGAAAUCCUUUCACGAGCACAGAAUCUCAGCAUCUCACCGUUGACUCUCGUCGAACGCAUCCACGACUCCAUAAUUCCUGAUCUGAAACCAUCUGUAAAACGCAAGGUCCAAUCCUUCGUGAAUGUGAUACGGUCCCUGAGAUCGUCUGCCACCGACGGGAUGGAACCAGCCGAGUUGAUUGGCGAGUUGGUCGAGCUCAUCGGGUACCAAGAACAUCUGAAGAAAUCGCAACCUGACUGGGACACACGAUGGGAGAACGUUCAGGAACUGAUUAAUUUCGCGAGCGACGCCACUGCUGACGCCUCAAAGAUUCCUGUUGUUAGUGGAGACGAGUCAUCAGAUACUCCGCUAAGGCAGUUCUUGCAAGAAUCAAUGCUAUCAUCUGCAGGUGAUCAGUCGGACGAGAACGAUGACGAGAAAGUGUCUAUUGCGACUUGUCACGCUGCGAAAGGCCUUGAAUGGCCAGUCGUUUUUGUCCCAGCAGUGGAGGAGGGAACCUUCCCUUUUUACCGACGCCUUCUAUAUGUUGCAUGCACGCGAGCGCAGACGUCACUUUACCUAACCCACACCUCAGGGCGCAAGGUUGCUGGCGUCAUCAAACCCCGAGACCUGUCUAAAUUCAUCUCUAAAAUCUGCUCCAAGCAUCCGCCGUUGUUUUCCGAUAUGCCUCAUACUCACUCCACUCAAGACCUUCGUCUUAUAGCAAGAAUUUUGGAUAGAGGGUCACGCAUACCUGAUGAGCUGGAAGUGAAGCGACGAAUGACAACGUUGUGCGUUAUCGUCUGUUUGACGAGUCUCGAAGGUGGCUUCAGCUAA